GGAGCGCCGGGUCUCGCCUUUGGGCUGUGAUGCUCUUGAGGUGCUCCCGCGUCACCUCCAGGCGGCCCAGCGCCGACGGCGGCCGGGAGGAGGCCCCGCUUUGUGUCGGUCGGCGCCUAAAAAUCCGCCUGUGGCCGAACUGAGGGAGAUGGAGCGGGGAGGGAGCAGCGGGUGCCGUGGGUGGAGAGCAGCGAGGGCCGCGCACAGGGAGCCGUGUGGUGGUGGUGGUGUUGUUUGAUUUUAUUUUUUUACCGUUUGACGCUGCUUUCAUAACAUCGACAAUUCAUUAAUUAUGAUUUGCCUAUUCAUUUGGCUCUGUUUUCUUUUCUGUUGCUUUCCUUGGUUUAACAUUGAUCACGCCUCGCCCUGUUUCCCAUUCCCCUGUCUGCAAUCAACUCCUCCACCCGCUCAGGCCGGGCACAGAUUGGUGUUAGUGUUAGGAGAUCUUCACAUUCCACAUCGAUGCAACAGCCUCCCAGCCAAGUUCAAAAAGCUGCUGGUUCCAGGGAAGAUCCAGCACAUCCUCUGCACGGGAAACCUCUGCACCAAGGACACUUAUGACUACCUCAAGACCCUCGCUGGGGAUGUUCACGUUGUCAGAGGGGACUUUGAUGAGAACCUGAAUUAUCCUGAACAGAAAGUUGUAACUGUUGGACAGUUCAAAAUUGGUCUGAUUCAUGGCCACCAGGUUAUUCCUUGGGGUGAUAUGGCCAGCCUGGCACUGUUACAGAGGCAGUUUGAUGUGGACAUCCUCAUUUCAGGACAUACACACAAAUUUGAGGCAUUUGAACACGAAAACAAGUUCUAUAUCAAUCCAGGAUCAGCUACAGGAGCUUAUCAUGCCUUGGAGAACAACAUCAUUCCGUCAUUUGUGCUGAUGGAUAUCCAGGCUUCUACAGUAGUUACGUACGUCUAUCAGCUGAUUGGAGAUGAUGUGAAAGUAGAAAGAAUUGAGUACAAAAAAUCUUAGAAGAUAUUUGCUUGUGUGGUAUUUUUACUGUCUCAUUCCAGAACUGCAUGUUACUACAAUCCUUCCUUACUAGUUUACAGAACUACACUUAAUGUUUAACAGCUUAGCAGUGUAACUUCUUGGUAAUAACUUUAUAACAUUGUUUUCUUCUUUUCUCUGUAUGAAUUGAUUUGUAAAAUAUGUCACUAACUGUUGAAGUACAGUUCUUUCAUGUUGUCAUAAAUUUCCCUUCAUAGAAAAACAAGAAAACAAGCCUUUAUGAACCGUUGAAGAAAAUGCAACAGUUGCACUUGGUUUUGAGAUGUCUGCCAGUUUUUUCAUUUGGUAAUGCUUAUCAGACGUCACCAAAACAGUGCAUGGAACUUUCAAAAAGAAGACUGGAAAAGGCUUGAAUAAAAAUAGCAAGGCCCCUUGGAGGCAUGUUUGGUUUGCUUUAAAAUCCAUUUGAGAUUUGGAUUUCUCAUUCAGUAUAAUGUAGUCCUUUAAUUGGAUAUAUUUUUGAAAAAAAUUGGAAUGAAAACAUACCUUGGAGUAGUAAUUUCACUGUAGAAAGCUGAACCUGAGUCUUUUUAUUACUCAGAGCACUGCUGUGCUUUAAUGAAUGACUGUCUCAUUAAAUCUGUGAACAGUGAUGAGCUUUCCUUUAUUUAUGGCUUAUAUUUGAUAUUACAUUUGCCCAUUUUGCUUUGUGUAAAAAGGUUUUAAAUAAUGUAAUUCCAUACAGCACUUGUACUGCUGCCGAAGGGUAAAAAGUUGGUUGUUCAGGAAGACUGGAGCUUUUGUCUCUCCUAGUCCCAGGUACCUGCAGGGAACUGAAUGUAUUUUAACAGCUCUUACUUCUUAUGACUGCUGAUUUUCCAAUAUAAAUAAAGUUGUCUCUGCACAACAUCUAGAAUUUA